GUGAGAAAGCUGCUGCAGAGAGGAAGAGGAGGAAGCAGGGAGCGAAACAUCACAGCAGUGUAGAAACAGAUUUCAGUGUCAGAAAGCUCUGCAUUUGAAGAAUAGGAUGAUGGAUGCCCAAGAUCAUGAGAUUUUUCAAAAUAGUGUCAGCUGCCCCUUUGCUAAUGGAACGACUUCAAAUUACUCCGUUGGAAAACAGGGACAGGAGAGGAUUCCCAAGGCUCCGAAGUAUGUACGAAUUAAAAAUUGGGAACAAGACACGAGUUUUAAUGAUACCCUGAACAUGAAAGCAGCUACGGUGUUCCCCUGCAAUACAGUAAGAUGUCGUGGAUCAGUCAUGUUCCCAAAUGAAAUGAUCUGCAGAUCACGUGAUGGGCCACGGCCAAAGGAAGAGAUUAUGCCACUGGCCAUUGACUUCAUUAAUCAGUACUAUGGGUCUAGCAAAAGGCUUCAAACAGAGGCACACCUAAACCGACUACAAGAAGUAAAAAAUCAGAUUGAAGCCAAUGGAACUUAUCAUCUUGAAGAAAGUGAGCUCAUUUUUGGGGCAAAGCAGGCCUGGCGCAAUGCUGCAAGAUGUGUUGGUAGGAUACAAUGGUCAAAACUGCAGGUCUUUGAUGCACGGGAUUGUUCCUCUGCAGAAGAAAUGUUCAGUCAUAUCUGCAAUCAAAUAAGAUAUGGAACCAACAAGGGGAAUAUAAGGUCUGCUAUUACAAUAUUCCCUCAGCGAACAGAUGGCAAGACUGACUUCCGUAUCUGGAAUUCACAGCUAAUUCGCUAUGCUGGUUACAGGCAACCAGAUGGAUCAGUGUUAGGUGACCCAAUAAGUGUGGAACUAACUGACCUUUGCAUUCAGCAUGGAUGGAACCCUCCUCGCACACGUUUUGAUGUAUUACCCAUGCUACUACAAGUAAAUGGAGAAAGUCCAGAACUGUUUGAAAUUCCAUCAGAGAUCAUCCUUGAAGUACCACUAACACAUCCUACGUAUGAAUGGCUGGCUGAUAUGAAACUGAAGUGGUAUGCUCUACCUGGUGUUGCCAAUAUGUUGUUGGAGAUUGGUGGGUUGGAGUUUCCUGCUGCCCCCUUCAAUGGUUGGUACCAAAGUACAGAGAUAGGAGUAAGGAAUUUGUGUGAUGCACAUCGUUUCAAUCUUGCAAAAGAAGUUGCUGAGAAAAUGGGGCUAGAUACUAGAAGGACAUCUUCAUUGUGGAAAGACAAGGCUGCCACUGAGCUCAACUUGGCUGUUCUCCACAGUUUUCAGAUGGCUAAAGUGACAAUUGUGGACCAUCACGCUGCUACAGAGUCAUUCAUGAAGCACAUGGAAAAUGAGUACAGAAUUCGAGGAGGGUGCCCAGGUGAUUGGGUGUGGAUUGUUCCUCCCACAUCAGGGAGCCUGACCCCUGUAUUUCACCAGGAAAUGGUUAACUACAUCCUAUCACCGUACCUCUACUAUCAGAUUGAUGCCUGGAAAGAAAUGAAUGAUUCUUCUAAGAAGAAGAUUACUUUUAAAGAAGUAGCUGAAGCAGUGAAGUUUUCAGCCAAGUUGAUGAGUCAAGCAAUGUCAAGAAGAGUAAAGGCAACGAUUCUUUAUGCAACGGAAACAGGGAAGUCAGAAACCUAUGCAAAAAUGCUGUGUGAAGUCUUUAAAUUGGCCUUCUGUCCAAAGCUGGUCUGCAUGGAUGAGUACGAUCCUGUAAAUCUGGAACAUGAAACACUGGUAUUGGUUGUCACCAGCACUUUUGGAAAUGGAGAUCCACCAGAAAAUGGCGAGACCUUUUCAAAUACUCUGAUGGAAAUGACUGAUCCAUUCCAGGUAGUUACACAAAGAAGAAAGAGUUACAGAAAGCAAUUUAACAGUGUAUCAAAGUUUGAAGAUGCAAUCACCUCAAAGAGAAAAAGUCGAGGAUCUACAGCUACAGAUAGUACUGGCUUACUUGGCACGGUCAGGUAUGCCGUGUUUGGACUGGGGUCUCGAGCAUAUCCUCACUUCUGUGCAUUUGCCCAUGCAGUUGACAUACGUUUGGAUGAGCUGGGAGGUGAACGAAUCCUUGACAUAGCAGAAGGAGAUGAGCUUUGUGGACAGGAAGAAGCUUUUCGAACCUGGGCCAAGAAAGUUUUCAAGACUGCAUGUGAUACGUUCUGCAUAGAUAAUGAUGAUGAGAAUUUUGGCAGCUCAGUUUUCUCAAAUGAACAGAUCUGGCAUCCAGACAGAUACCGUGUGAAGAUAACUGCAGACUACCCAGAUAUAGUAUCAGCUCUUUCACAGCUGCACAAACGCAAGGUCUUUUCCUCCACAGUACUUUCUAGGGAGAACCUGCAGAGUGAAAAGUCAAGUCGAUCAACUAUUCUUGUACGUUUGGAUACAGCAGGGCAAAAGGAGUUGCAGUACUUGCCUGGGGAUCAUGUGGGGAUAUUUCCAACAAAUCGUGAAGAUCUGGUACAGGCUGUACUUGAUCACUUGGUGGAUCCUCCGCCAGUUAAUGAAACCAUCAUUGUCGAGUUUCUUGACAAAGUUAAAACACCAACUGGAUUCACUGAGACAUGGACCACAGUUAACAGACUUCCUCCUUGUAACAUCAUUCAUGCAUUUGCUCAUUUUCUGGAUAUUACAAGUCCACCCUCACCACAGUUCUUACAGCUCCUGGCAAUGCAAGCUUCAGAUCCAGAACAGAAAGCUAGGUUGGAAGUUCUUAGCCAGGGAACACAGGAAUAUGAAGAAUGGAAAUGGUUCAACUCUCCCACUAUUGUUGAAGUUUUGGAAGAGUUCCCAUCUGUACAGGUUCCCACCUCCCUGCUCCUAACUCAGCUUCCUCUGCUGCAGCCUCGUUACUACUCAAUAAGCUCCUCCCCCGAUGUGUAUCCUGGGGAGAUACACACCACAGUGGCAGUUGUUAACUACAGGACAAAGGAUGGCAAGGGUCAACUUCACCACGGAGUCUGUUCAACAUGGCUAAAUGAAGUGGCGCCAAAACAGAAUGUGCCUUGUUUUAUAAGGAGGGCCCCAACUUUCCAUCUGCCUGCAGCUCCUUCAGUACCAUGCAUCCUGGUUGGACCCGGCACUGGUAUUGCUCCCUUCAGAAGUUUCUGGCAGCAGCGAUUGUAUGACAUAGAACAUAAAGAUGAGAAACAUGUUGGCAUGACCCUGGUCUUUGGUUGCCGUCAGGCUGAACUGGACCACAUCUACAAGGAGGAAACAUUAGAUGCAAAGCAGAAAGGUGCCUUUAAGGAAGUUCAUACAGGAUAUUCCCGUGAACCAAAUAUUCCCAAGACUUAUGUGCAGGACAUUUUGAAGACCAAGCUUGCUGAAGAGGUCUACAACACUCUCUGCAGAGAAAACGGGCAUAUGUACGUGUGUGGGGAUGUCACCAUGGCAAGAGACGUAAUGAAUACAGUUCAACAGAUCCUGGCAUCUAAAGGAGACAUGAGUAUCACUGAGGCUGGAGAGUACAUCACUGAAUGUAAAGAUGAAAAUCGAUAUCAUGAAGACAUUUUUGGCCUUACUCUACGUACACAGGAAGUAAAGCUCAUAAUCAGAUCUCAGUCUUACACAAAGGAAGAACAUCGUGAGUUAUGAGAAACUGGCUGUGGAAGUGUAUGCAAAGGAGAGUAUGACAUGGAGUGACUGAAAUCAUUUGCAUCAUCUCAGCUGUCAUUGACUAACUUCACUAUUUUAGAGCAAUUUUUUAUCAUUUGUUAACAUUUUACAAUAAAGGACCUUUUGUGGUCCUGCCUCACACAGCAAAAAAGAAAAAGGGAAAAAAAACAAAUAUGUUUUCUGAUAUCUAAACAGACAUAAAUAUUAAUGAUUUCAAGGGAUGUUGUAUAUGCUAAGAUUAAGUAUGCACAGAUGUGUCUUGUAUUUCCUGAAAAGCUUUUAAGGGAAAAGUAUAUUAGCAAUUAUCUGUUUCAGAAUGAAUCACAGAAAUAUAUUUUGUUUCAUUUUGCACACAACUGAAUCCAACUCCCUCUUGCGUCUUUUCUGGAAUUCAUUUCAACUAGGUUGACAACAUUCCUGUAAUGGGAAAUGUAACUUUCCCAAAGCUUUAUGACAAUCCAAAGAGGGUAAUAAACUAAAUUAAUGUCAUGCACAUCGCUGAGUUCCCACAACCAUAUUUAGACAAGCUAUGUAGAUAAAACCUACAGAAUUUUGUUUUUUCAAAAAGCUAAAAUGAUUGACUCACUGAUCUGAAAACCCACCUUAAAUAUGCACAGUUGCAGCUCCUCAGAUACUCUGCAGUCAAAAUAUUUCACCUAGUUCGUAUCCUUUACAGCUGAAUAAGUAACACUCCAAAGUUAAUUGUGUUUAGAUGACAUUGUGGCUGUGAUAGUCUCCAUUCAAUACACUGAUAUUCUGUCAUGUACCACAAUACAAUGCAUGCAAAUAAACACAUUAAAGAAAAGUUCCCUGAAGCGUUAUGCUGGGUGGUAAUGACUACAUCAAAAGAAUGUAUCUGACAUUGUUGUAUUCCUUAAAAUAACUAUUUUAUAUAAUACAAUAGUUCUGCAUAUUUGUAUUUUAAAAUGUUUUAAUGUUAGGAUGCUUUCCUUGGCUAUAGAUGACUGUCACUGUUGAAGUAACAGCACGACCCAUGUGAAAAAAAUGGAAAAAAGGGCUUGUGGAUGGAUGGAUGCUUUUGAUAUGUUUAUUAAUAUAAAAUGCUAUCGGCAGAGCUUAUGUAAAAAAUCACAAUUACCUAUUAGUAAGAGUCAAGGCAUGUUAAUUUAAUAUAACCAUACAGCUGGUGCCACAUAAGAAAAUACACAGAAUACAAAAUCAGGUGUUUUACACCAUUCUAAUAUUUUAUCCGAUCUUUUUUUUUUUUUUUUCAUUUAAGAUUGUGAAACGGGUACAAUGUUCAAACGAAGUGCAGUACUGUAAUUACAGAUGUUCUUUCUUGUAUGUAUAAAAACAUAAAUACAAAUAAAAAUUAUGGAAAACAUUGA